AUGACAUUCUUUAAAUCCAAAGUAGUUUUGAUCACCGGAUCUGGAGGCGGGCUAGGACGGUACCUAGCUGGAGCCUACCUCGAAGCCGGAGCUCACGUUGUACUCUGCGACAUCCACGAGGAGAGGCUGAAGGCGGCCGAGGAAGAACUUUCCGGAAAAGGACCGGUCUUUGCCCAGAAGGUUGAUGCUGCCAACGAAGAAUCAGUCAAGGGCUUGUUUAGGGCAGCAGUCAAUAAGUUUGGACGAAUCGAUGUGGUGGUGAACAACGCCGCGAUCUUUGAUGCCUUGGCUCCUGUGGGGAAAACAGACAAAGCGUUGUGGGAUAGAGUCAUUUCGGUAAAUUUGACAGGCAACUUCAUCGUAUCAAAAGAAGCCGUAAACCAGUUUCUAGUUCAGGAACCGCAAGGAGGCAAUAUUGUCAACGUGGGAUCCAUCGCAGGGCUUAAAGGCUAUCUUGCCGGUAUAACUUAUACCGCUUCUAAGCACGCAUUGCGUGGCAUGACCAUGAACAUUGCAUCCUACUAUGGCAAGAAAGGCAUUCGCUGCAAUCUAGUCCAGCCAGGCGGAAUGGAUACAGAACUUUACAAAGAACUCGAGGGAAACACGGACACUGAAGGCCUGAAUCUUCUGAUGGGAAAUUGCCCAGGAUUGAAGGAUGGAAGCGCAAUGGUUCCCUUAGACAAAAUGUCAAGCCUAAUUAUGUUCUUAUCAAGCGAUUCAGCAUCAAGCCUUAAUGGCCAAAUCCUGAAUGCGGACAACGGAGCGGUUAGCUCGGCCUGA